UUACUCUCCCACUCUCCCUUCUUGAGCUAUGCUCAAGACUAACCGGUCAUCGUCAGCUCUGAUUCCGCCGCUACCUCGCUGCCGAUCAUGGGCCGGAGCCCCUGCUGCUCCAAGGACCAAGGGCUGAACCGCGGCGCGUGGACGGCCCACGAGGACCAGCUCCUGACCCGCUACAUCGACUCCCACGGCGUCGGCAAAUGGCGCAACCUCCCCAAGAAGGCCGGCCUCAACCGCUGCGGCAAGAGCUGCCGCCUCCGCUGGCUCAACUACCUCCGCCCCGACAUCAAGCGCGGCAACAUCUCCCCCGACGAGGAGGACCUCAUCAUCCGCCUCCACAAGCUCCUCGGCAACAGAUGGUCUCUCAUAGCCGGGAGGCUACCUGGGCGGACGGACAACGAGAUCAAAAACUACUGGAAUACCAAUUUGGGGAAAAGGGUCGACCCGCAAACCCAUCACCGCCUCUCCACCACCACCUCCGCCGCCGCCGCUUCCCCUGCUUCUGCUCAUCCCAGCAAAUUCUCAGUCAAGCCCCGCCGGAAGCUUGUUCCCCCACCCGCAACUGCCACGGCCCCGGUCCGGGCCAAGCCUGCAAAGUGCUCGAAGAAUAAGCUCGUUUUCUAUCCACGGCGGCAGGAGGAAGAGGGGAACAAUAAUAAUAAUGACGCUGGAGUAAUUUUGGCCGGGGAUGGGGAGAAGGCAGAGACGAGCAGCCUGGCUGCCGUGGAAGCUUCCUCGUCCUCCUGCGCCCCCGCGAAUAACGGGCUCUCUGGCGGCGGAGAUGACAACGGUAAUGAGAAUAUUAUUAAUAGUGGCCGCCGUGAUGCGAAUAACCCACUGCAGGGGACGGAUGAGUUAAUAAUGACGGUGGAUUUUGGCGCGGCAGCAGGGGCGGAGAUCUCGCUGUCAGAGCUGCUGGCCGGCUGCGAUGAUUUCAGGGAUUUGUGCGAUUUCAGUCAUCAUCAUCCCCACACAGCUGGAUGCAGCGGCGGCAAGAGCAGAGACGAGGUGGAGAUGCUGAUGGCGGCCGGCGGCUGCGGGGAGAUGCUCAUUUCGUCGGAGGAAAUGCUGGAGGAGGGUUGGGAUAUUGACGUCACGGCGGCGAGUGAUCUGAAUGGGUUCGAUGGUGCUGGAUUUCUUGGUACCGGCGUCGGCGUUGAUGAUGAGGAAUGGCUUGGCAUUGCGGAAUGCUCGAGUAGUUAAAAGAGUUUACUUCAUUGGUGUUUUUGAGGAUUUUUCUUUUAUCAUUAUGUUCGUAUAAGCUAAUAUGAUAUCAUCUGAGAAUUGAAUCUUUGCUUUCCCAUGAUAAACUCGUUUUGAUCGUUUUCUUAUUACGAUGAACUCGUAUCAUUUGAAUGCUGUUGUAGUCGAAUAAAUUUCGGGGCUAUUGAUCCCGAUACAACCCAAUCAUUAAGGGUCGACCGAUGAACUAUUGGGAGACUGACC